UUUACAAAUUCAAUCAGUUUGGUGAGAAAUUUUGCAGUGUUAACGUGUGUGAAUUCGGUGCAAUAAAUUUAAACGAAUUUUUAUUGUAGUUGGUUGUUUCUUUUUAACGAAAUUGAAAUUCCGUAAAUAUGCCACCCGUUGAAGUACAGGCAGCUAACAUGUCGUUGGACAAUUUACAUUGUACCCGAUGUGCCGAUGGUUUUCAGCCAAAUGAAAAAAUAGUCAAUUCAAAUGGUGAAUUGUGGCAUACGCAAUGUUUUGUUUGUGCCCAAUGUUUCCGUUCUUUCCAAGAUGGCAUAUUCUAUGAAUUCGAGGGCCGUAAAUAUUGUGAAAGUGAUUUUCAUGUCUUAUUUGCACCCUGCUGCAAUAAAUGUGGUGAAUUUGUUAUUGGUCGCGUUAUUAAAGCCAUGUCGGCAAGCUGGCAUCCAAAUUGUUUCCGCUGUCAACUGUGUGCCAAAGAAUUGGCUGACAGCGGUUUUAUACGCAAUCAAAAUCGUGCCUUAUGUCAUGAAUGCAAUGCCAAGGUGAAGGCAGAAAUAACAGGUCGUUAUGUGUGCCAAAAAUGCCACGGCCUUAUAGAUGAGGAGCCUUUACGUUUCCGUGGUGAAGUAUAUCAUGGCUAUCAUUUCAAUUGUACUGCAUGUGGUCAAGAAUUAGAUUCCACAGCCAGAGAGGUUAAAAGUCGUCCAGGUUUGGCAGCUAAUGAUAUGAAUGAAUUAUAUUGCCUGCGUUGCCAUGAUAAAAUGGGUAUACCCAUUUGUGGCGCCUGUCGUCGUCCCAUUGAAGAACGUGUUGUAACCGCCCUGGGCAAACACUGGCAUGUUGAGCAUUUUGUUUGUGCCAAAUGUGAAAAACCAUUCUUGGGUCAUCGUCAUUAUGAGAAACGUGGCUUGGCAUACUGUGAGACUCAUUAUCACCAAUUGUUUGGCAAUUUGUGUUUUGUAUGCAAUCAAGUUAUAGGCGGUGAUGUUUUCACGGCCCUUAAUAAAGCCUGGUGUGUACAUCAUUUUGCCUGUUCGGUGUGCGAUACAAAAAUGACUCAGAAAUCGAAAUUCUAUGAAUAUGAUGAGAAGCCAGUUUGUAAGAAAUGUUAUGAACGUUUCCCCACUGAGCUAAGAAAACGUUUACGCACCGCUCAUGAAAUGACUAUGAAUAAGAAAAUGUAAAUUUAACAAAUUUUAAACAAAUUUGUCAAAAAAAAAUACAAAACAUAAAACGAUUUUAUAAUACAAAAACAAAACAAAUAUAGUAUACCUACAAAAUAGUGCCUUGAUAAAUAACAAUAUUAAAAUAAAAACAAAUUAAACAGUACACUGAAACCGAAAAAAACAAAUUGUUUUAAACUAAAGUCAAUAAUAAUAAUAAUAAUUAGUUGUUUUAAACUAACAUUUAUAAAUUAUUUCUUAAAUAGAAAUAAAACACAUGCAUGUUACUCUUUUUAAUUUAUUAUAAAUUUGUUUAAAUGUAUAAAAAAAAGCACAAACAAACAAAGCCAUAGUAAAAUUGUUUUAAAAUAACAAAUCAAAUACAAUUUUUAUAAUAAAAUCAUAACUUUAAAAAGAAAAUUAUUGAGUUUUUGUAUUACUUAAAAACUGCCUACCAAAAAAAAAAUUAAAAAAGAAACAUAUUCUCGAAAUGUUUUUAAUAUUUUUUUCUUUAAAACAAGUAUUUUUAUCUGUCUUUAUUAUAUUUAAAUGUUUUAUAUUUUUCUCUCUUAAUUUAAAUUGUAGUCAUUUGUUUUCUUGUACUUUAUUGUAUGUCUUUUUUAAAUGUUGUAAAUUAAUUUUAUAUGUAUACAAUACUUUAAUUUAUUUUAAUACGUAUAUAUUUUUCUAAUUUUAUUUAGUAUCUUGUUUGUGUAUUCUUAACAAUGUUUUUUUUUUUAAUUUGUUGGUUUUCCUUUCUAGCAGCUAUAAUUUUCCUUUUUUUAAAUUUCCCUUUCAUAUAGAAGCAAUAUUUAUAAAAAAACAAAAUAAUUUUAAGGGUUUUUAUUGUAAUUUGAGUCAUAAUUAUUAAUUUAUAUUUGUUUUUAAUAUCGAAAUACAAUAAAAUGCCUUACAUACACACACAAAACAAAA